GAGUUUGUCCUUACUAUUGUGCUGCACACUAAGCAGGCAUGUCGAUUUUACACGGGACUUACACGCUGGGCCUUUUAACGGUUGGCGCCUUCGUCGCUAUAUUGACAUACUACACUUACAAACUGCUUAGCAGCUACUUGUACAAAUGGCAUGAGAUGAAGCCUAUCCCGGAGAUAGGGGGAGCAUUACCCUUUGUAGGGAACGCACUGCAGUUUGAAGCCAACGCUGGAGAUAUAUUACGUCAGCUUGUCGACUGCACAAUCCAGUUCAAGGACUCUCCACUGCUAAAAAUCUGGAUUGGACCAGUGCCAUUCCUAAUUUUGUUCCAUGCUGAAAACAUUGAGACGCUGUUGAACAACCCAAUUCACAUGGAUAAGGCCUACGCAUACAAGUUCCUCCAUCCAUGGCUGGGAACUGGGCUUCUCACCAGCACAGGGGACAAGUGGCGGCGGCGGCGCAAGAUGCUGACCCCCACCUUCCACUUCUCCAUUCUGACAGAGUUUCUGGAGGUGAUGAACGAGCAGGCCGAGGUCCUGGUGGAAAAGCUGGAGAAGGAGGCAGGAAAAGGGCCCUUCAACUGCUUUAACCACGUCACUCUCUGUGCCCUUGAUAUUAUAUGUGAGACAGCCAUGGGCAAGAAAAUAUAUGCCCAGAGCAACUAUGACUCGGAGUAUGUCCGCUGCGUGUACAAGAUGAGUGACAUCAUCACUCGGAGACAGAGGAUGCCCUGGUACUGGCCAGACUUCAUUUACAACUAUUUUGGCGAGGGCCGGGAGCAUGACAACACUCUCAAGGUCCUCCACUCCUUCACCUCCAAUGUGAUAUCGGAGAGGGCAGAAUACAUCACCUAUAAUGAGUCAGACAGUGAAUCAGACCAGGGCAUGAGGAAGAGAAGAGCAUUUCUUGACAUGCUCCUGAAAACCACGGAUGAGGAUGGUAACAAGUUGACAAACCAAGACAUCCAGGAGGAAGUGGACACCUUCAUGUUUAGGGGCCACGACACUACAGCUGCCGCCGUGAACUGGGCCAUUCAUUUACUGGGCUCCCAUCCCGAGGUUCAGAGAAAAGUUCAACAAGAGCUUAAGGAGGUUUUUGGUGAGUCGGAUCGGCCAAUCAACACUGAAGAUCUGAAGAAGCUCAGGUAUCUGGAGUGUGUGGUCAAGGAGUCCCUGCGUUUGUUCCCCUCCGUGCCAUUCUUUGCCCGUAGGAUCUGUGAAGAGUGCCACAUCAAUGGUUUUAAGGUGCCCAAAGGUGCCAAUGCCAUCAUCAUACCCUAUGCCCUCCACCGCGACGCACGCCACUUCCCAAAUCCUGAAGAAUUCCGUCCGGAGCGUUUCCUGCCUGAGAAUUCUGUUGGGAGGCAUCCAUACGCAUUCAUUCCUUUUUCUGCUGGGCUCCGGAACUGUAUUGGUCAGCGCUUUGCUAUGAUGGAGGAGAAGGUUAUCCUGGCAUCCAUCUUCCGUAACUUCAAUGUUGAUGCAUGUCAGAAGCGUGAGGACCUCCGCCCACUAGGGGAGCUCAUCCUCCGUCCAGAGAAAGGAAUCUGGAUCCAACUGCAGAGGAGGUCUCCUCGUCCAGACACGCAACGCUACUAGAGCCCUGUCCAGAACCACCGCUAACGGGGUCAAGCACUGGAAUGUAGUAUAACUGGGCAGUGUUUAUUUUAGAGUAAUUGAAUACAUACUGCUAGCUGUUUACGUAAGAUCUCAGUUGAAAGAUAAUGCAAUAACCAUGUAACUGGUGGCCAGACCCAUCUGCCAGAGCCAAUAAAACAUGAACUGGCAGAUUUGUCUGGUUCCCAGGGAAACCUUACUUUUGUACUGUGCUUAAACUACAUAUAACCAUUGACUUGAUAAAUUAGAAUUCUUCCAU